AUGAGAGACCGGCCCCUCAUCAACGUCGAAAAUUACAACAAAUGCUGUAGCGAUGUUGAUGAGAAGAAAGUACAUGGCUGCGCGAUAGCUGUGAGGAACGACUGCAGCAACCUGGCGGAGGAAUUUGGCUCAACGUCGUCUACAUGCGCCUUCGUACGACUGCAAGAUCGCAGAGGAGGUAAACUCUGGAUCGUAAGUGUCCUCGCACCUACGGAAGCCGCUGAGAACAACACUAGGGACGCCUUCUACGGUGAAAUCAAUGCGAUUAUGUCUACAAUACUCAACCAGCAAGUGGUCAUUGUUGGAAUCGACACAAAUUCGAAAAUGAAACUCGAACAACAAUCCGGCGUGGUAGGAAAAUGGUAUUUUCCAGCGUAG